CUUCUCCUUUAUUUUCUAUCUUUUGUUGCCUCUCUCCUCUCCCUCUCUCUCCUUUUCUCUCUGUAGUUGCCGUAUCACUUUCCCUGUCCGUCUCCAAAUUUUUCCCAGACAAUGAGAACGGUUUUCUGAGAAAAUUGAUUGAUCAUUCAUUCAUUUUAGUCAUUCAUACAUUCAGAGCAAGUCUUUCACUUUCUCUCUUUCAAAUCUGGAACGUCUGUCUUUCUGUCUCUUCGUGUUGUUCUCCUUUCUCUGUUGUGAGUUGCGCUUGCAAUGGAAGCUUCUGGGGAGGAUUGCUGUGUGAAGGUUGCGGUUCACAUCCGACCGCUUAUCGGGGACGAGAAGCUUCAGGGAUGUAAAGACUGCGUCACUGUCGUCCCUGGGAAGCCUCAGGUACGAAUUGGCACACAUUCAUUUACUUUUGAUCAUGUCUAUGGGAGUACCGGUACACCUUCAUCUGCCAUGUUUGAAGAAUGUGCUGCUCCACUGGUUGAUGGUUUGUUCCAAGGAUAUAAUGCAACAGUCCUUGCUUAUGGUCAGACGGGUUCCGGUAAAACAUACACCAUGGGCACUGGCUUCAAAGAUGGUUGCCAGACAACUGGAAUAAUCCCCCUAGUUAUGAAUGCUCUGUUUAGCAAGAUUGAAACAAUGAAGCAUCAAAGUGAAUUCCAAUUGCACGUUUCCUUCAUUGAGAUUUUAAAAGAAGAAGUACGAGAUUUGCUGGAUCCAACUUCUGUGAGCAAACAAGAGGCUGCAAAUGGGAAUGCAGCGAAAGUAACAAUUCCUGGGAAACCGCCGAUACAGAUUCGAGAAACAUCAAAUGGUGUUAUUACAUUGGCUGGAUCUACAGAAGUUAGUGUCACCACACUAAAAGAAAUGGCUGCUUGCUUGGAACAAGGGUCCUUAAGUAGAGCAACAGGGAGCACAAAUAUGAACAACCAGUCAAGUCGUUCACAUGCCAUCUUCACCAUCACAUUAGAGCAGAUGCGUAAGCUUAAUCCAGCAUCUCCUGGCGAUAACAGUCCUAAUGAAAGUAUGAAUGAUGAAUAUCUGUGUGCUAAAUUGCACUUGGUAGAUCUUGCUGGUUCGGAGCGAGCUAAGAGAACAGGUUCUGAUGGUCUGCGUUUUAAGGAAGGUGUUCAUAUUAAUAAAGGCCUUCUCGCACUUGGCAAUGUUAUUAGCGCACUUGGUGAUGAGAAGAAGCGUAGAGAGGGUGUUCACGUUCCUUAUCGAGACAGUAAACUCACUCGGCUUUUGCAGGACUCGCUUGGCGGUAACAGCCGGACUGUUAUGAUAGCCUGCAUAAGUCCUGCUGAUAUCAAUGCUGAGGAGACUCUCAACACUUUGAAGUAUGCGAAUCGCGCCCGCAAUAUUCAAAAUAAACCUAUUGUCAAUAGAGAUCCCAUGUCCAAUGAAAUGCUGAAGAUGCGCCAACAACUAGAGUAUCUGCAGGCUGAACUCUGUGCCCGGGGAGGAGGAUCUGCUGAUGAAAUACAGGUUCUCAAGGAAAGAAUUGCUUGGCUUGAAGCUGCUAAUGAGGAUCUUUGCCGCGAGCUUCAUGAAUAUAGAAGUAAAUGUCCUGCUGUCGAGCAGCGUGAAAGAGAUGCUCAAGAUGGAACUCCGUGCUCAGUGAGAAGUGAGGGCCUUAAGAGGGGCUUGCAAAGUAUAGACUCAGCUGACUAUCAAAUGGCUGAAACAAUAUCAAACGAUGCCAGGGAAAUUGAUGAAGAAGUGGCAAAAGAAUGGGAGCAUACACUUCUGCAGGAUUCUAUGGACAAGGAGUUGCAUGAACUCAAUAAGCGUCUAGAAGAGAAAGAGUCUGAGAUGAAACUUUUUGGGAUUCCCGACACUAUGGCGCUUAAGCAGCAUUUCGGAAAGAAAAUCAUGGAAUUAGAAGACGAGAAAAGAGCUGUCCAGCUAGAAAGAGACCGCUUGCUAGCUGAAGUUGAAAACCUUGCCGCUAAUUCUGAUGGACAAACACAGAAGUUGCAUGAUAUCCAUGCCCAGAAGUUAAAAACACUUGAAGCACAGAUUCUGGAUCUUAAGAAGAAACAAGAGAACCAGGUCCAGCUUUUAAAGCAAAAACAGAAAAGUGAUGAAGCAGCGAAGCGACUACAAGAUGAAAUUCAGUCUAUCAAGGCACAGAAGGUUCAGUUGCAACAUAGAAUAAAGCAAGAAGCAGAGCAAUUUCGACAAUGGAAAGCCUCUCGAGAGAAGGAAUUGCUGCAGCUACGGAAGGAGGGCAGGAGAAAUGAAUAUGAAAGGCAUAAGCUGCAAGCGCUAAACCAGCGUCAGAAAUUGGUUCUUCAAAGAAAGACUGAGGAGGCUGCAAUGGCUACUAAAAGGCUAAAGGAAUUACUAGAAGCUCGCAAAUCCUCUGCCCGUGACAGUUCAGUUGUUGUCAAUGGGAAUGGAACAAAUGGACAGAGCAAUGAGAAAUCUUUACAACGUUGGCUUGAUCAUGAGCUAGAAGUGAUGGUCAAUGUGCACGAAGUUCGUUACGAGUAUGAUAAGCAGAGUCAAGUGCGAGCUGCACUGGCUGAAGAGUUAGCCAUGCUGAAGCAAGUGGGUGAAUUUGCUUCAAAAGGCCUUAGUCCUCCAAGGGGAAAGAACGGUUUUGCAAGAGUGUGCUCUAUGUCACCAAAUGCAAGAAUGGCAAGGAUGUCUUCACUUGAAAACAUGCUGAGCAUAUCAUCCAACUCACUUGUAGCAAUGGCAUCACAACUUUCAGAAGCAGAAGAACGGGAGCGUGCAUUCACUAACCGUGGACGUUGGAACCAGUUACGAUCAAUGGGAGAUGCAAAGAAUUUGCUUCAAUACAUGUUUAAUUCUGUUGCAGAUGCAAGGUGCCAAUUAUGGGAUAAGGAACUUGAAAUUAAGGAAAUGCAAGAGCAACUUAAAGAAUUGGUGGGUCUCUUGCGGCAGAGUGAGGUACGAAGAAAGGAAGUUGAAAAGGAACUAAAAUUGAGAGAGCAAGCUGUUGCAAUUGCAUUGGCCACAUCAGCUUCACAGGGCAAUUCACCCAAUUCAUUAGAACAAUUCAAUGAUGAAAUGAGCGCUCCCUUAUCUCCAAUUCCUGCGCCAGCACAUAAGCAGAUAAAGUAUACAGCAGGCAUUGCUAAUGGCUCAAUCAAGGAAUCAGCAUCAUUCGUAGAUAGACGAAAGAUGGUGCCCAUUGGGCAGUUGUCAAUGAAAAAGUUAGCUGUUCUAGGACAGUCUGGAAAGCUAUGGAGGUGGAAGAGGAGCCAUCAUCAGUGGCUGUUACAAUUCAAGUGGAAAUGGCAGAAGCCAUGGAGACUCUCAGAAUGGAUUAGGCACAGUGAUGAGACACUCAUAAGGUCCAGGCCUCGGCUACAAGCUGUUAGAAGUAGCAAUGGGAUGUGAUUAUAAUAUUCGUGGUUCACCUGCUUUUUGUUGCCCACAUUUCUUCCUUGGCCUACAAGCAUCGAUCCCUAACCCCAAACACGUGGCAUGGAGAAAUAUUGUAAUAAGUGCAGCGUGGUGUAAGUAGCUGUUGAGGAUCGCUGCUUAUGUCAAGGACGUGUACCUGAUUGAAAAGAUUAGGUUUUGUAAUCUUGAAAUUUUUGUCACGGUUACGACACUUGGUGCAUCUUGUAAAGCUGUGUUGAUGCUACUGAGGCUACCCACAUAGUUAGAAAGAAGACACCAAAGGUGUGACUUGUGAGUGACAGUGAAAGUCAUGACCUUUUGGUGAGACUAAAUCUCACGCAAGGAGGUGCUUAUAACGUUUGAAUAUGAUUUCUCUCAACAACAGAAUUCAAGAGAAGAAGUUAUUCUAUAGUCGUAUAGAUGUGUAUGAAAGGUUCUUUUUUUUUUCCCCUUUAAUUUUUUUUUUUUUAUUCUUGUGUCUAAAGUUGUGAUAGUGUAAUAGUGUGUAAACACAAUGUAAACACCCUGUAGAAAUUUUUUGUGCGUCGUAUAUUCACAGCAGAAAGGAAAUUCUUUUGAAGAAAUUUUCUUUUUCUAUUGUUUGUUGUGUGUAAGAAUUAUAGUUGUUGCAUUGGAAGCGACUGGAUAUUGUAUACAGUUUUUCUUAUAUUAUUUAAAAUCAGAAUGAAAGUCUUCAA